AGCUCCCCUGGGCUCGGCGGCCAGUAGUGCAGCCCGCAGAGCCGCCGCGUCGCCCCUCUCCUCUGGGUGGCCCCAGCGCGCGGUGGCACUCGUUCAGCGCAGAAGGUGAGGAGAGCGGAGGCUGGUGCGGAACUUGUCGCCGCUCGCGCAGCGCCUGCCAGCUAAACCCGGGGCCCGGCAGACAAAAGAGGCCGCCAGUGCAGGAAGGCACGGCCGGCGGCGGAGCGCAGCGAUGGCGGGGCAAGGAGGCAGCGCUCUGCUGGCGCUGUGCGUGGCACUGGCCGCCUGCGGGUGGCUGCUGGGUGCUGACGCCCAGGAGCCCGGGGCGCCCGCGGCGGGCAUGAGGCGGCGCCGGAGGCUGCAGCAGGAAGACGGCAUCUCCUUUGAGUACCACCGCUACCCCGAGCUGCGCGAGGCGCUGGUGUCCGUGUGGCUGCAGUGCACUGCCAUCAGCAGGAUCUACACGGUGGGGCGCAGCUUCGAGGGCCGGGAGCUCCUGGUCAUCGAGCUGUCCGACAACCCUGGGGUCCAUGAGCCUGGUGAGCCGGAAUUUAAAUACAUUGGGAAUAUGCAUGGUAACGAGGCGGUUGGACGGGAACUGCUCAUUUUCUUGGCCCAGUACCUGUGUAAUGAGUACCAGAAGGGGAAUGAGACAAUUGUCAACCUGAUCCACAACACCCGAAUUCACAUCAUGCCUUCCCUGAACCCUGAUGGUUUUGAGAAGGCAGCAUCUCAGCCUGGUGAACUCAAGGACUGGUUUGUGGGACGAAGCAAUGCCCAGGGAAUAGAUCUGAAUCGGAACUUUCCGGACCUGGAUAGAAUAGUUUAUCUUAAUGAGAAAGAAGGUGGUCCCAAUAACCAUCUGUUGAAAAAUCUGAAGAAAAUUGUGGAUCAAAAUACCAAGCUUGCUCCGGAGACCAAGGCUGUCAUUCAUUGGAUUAUGGAUAUUCCUUUUGUGCUUUCCGCCAAUCUCCACGGAGGUGACCUUGUCGCCAAUUAUCCAUAUGAUGAGACUCGGAGUGGUAGCGCCCAUGAGUACAGUUCCUGCCCUGAUGAUGCCAUUUUCCAGAGCGUGGCUCGGGCAUAUUCCUCUUUCAAUCCCGCCAUGUCUGACCCCAACAGGCCUCCCUGUCGCAAGAAUGACGAUGACAGUAGCUUUGUAGACGGAACAACCAAUGGUGGCGCUUGGUACAGUGUACCUGGUGGAAUGCAAGACUUCAAUUACCUGAGCAGCAACUGUUUUGAGAUCACUGUGGAACUUAGCUGUGAAAAGUUCCCACCUGAGGAGACUCUGAAGAGCUACUGGGAGGAUAACAAAAACUCCCUCAUUAGCUACCUUGAGCAGAUACACCGAGGAGUUAAAGGAUUUGUCCGAGACCUUCAGGGUAAUCCAAUUGCCAAUGCAACCAUCUCUGUGGAAGGAAUAGACCAUGAUAUUACAUCUGCAAAGGAUGGUGAUUACUGGAGACUGCUUGUACCUGGAAACUAUAAACUUACAGCCUCAGCUCCUGGCUAUCUAGCAAUAACAAAGAAAGUGGCAGUUCCUUAUAGCCCUGCUGUUGGGGUUGAUUUUGAACUGGAGUCAUUUUCUGAAAGGAAAGAAGAAGAGAAAGAAGAAUUGAUGGAAUGGUGGAAAAUGAUGUCGGAAACUUUAAACUUUUAAAAAAGGCUUCAGAUUAGCUGCUUUUAAUCUAUCAUAUAAUGUAGUAUGGUGUAAUGUGGCCAUUUUAUUUUAGAUUUUGUGCAGGUUAAUAUUUAACAUUGAUUUAUUUUUUAAUCAUUUAAAUAUUAAUCAAUAUUACUUAAAUAGACUCUUAGGUAAACAUAUAAGAACCUAAUCUAUUUCAUCCUCAUAUAUAUAGCAUUCAUUUCCCUGCAUAUAUUACACAAAGGACUAUAGAAGAGAUUGAAGUAAUCUUACCAUUUUUAGGCUUAAAUGCAUUAUUCCAGAUGUUAUUUACAGUACAGAACUUUUGGGGUAAUUCUAGCUUUUAAAAAUUAGUGAUGUUCUUUAAUGUAAUUGGUGACAAUGCCACAUAAUGACUGCCACUGAGAAAGUCAACAGAUAAAGCUUGGAGUUGUGAGCACUCUAUUGCAAGAAUUAAAUAGUUCAGUAUAAAUUGUCAUUUGUCUCUUGUGCUGACUAGCUAUAUAAGCAUGAUCCUAUUAAUGCAUUUUGAUGGAAAGAAAAUGUAUGUUUACUGAGAGGUUUUAUGAACAGGAUGAAAAUUGACUUUGCUUGUACUUGUAGGGGCAAUAUUGUUAUAUUGUUCAGCCUGUUACUACUAUUUCAGAGUUUAGAGUUUUCUCUUGGUUGUAGAUUGGCUCAUAAUUGCUUUGUGAAUGAAUAAAGGUUAAAAAACACC